CUCCCGGGUCUGCGCGGACGCGGCCUCCUUACCUCAUUUGUCCUCGCCCCUCCCCGUCCCUCUACGCGUUUUGGUUCCCGGUUGGUGCUUCCUGUUCGCAGCUGCGGCAGUGAGUAUGUGUGUGACGGACCCCCCGCCGCCCGUGGCCCGGGACCCCUGCCUACCCUCCUUCUCGCCCGCCGGGCUGUGGAACUAGCGCGUGCCCCCUCGCCGGCCUCGACGUCUCCCGUCAGUCCCUCACUUGUGGUGGGGCGCAGCUCCUGGUCCGUCACCUGCGCGUCGCCCCACGCGGCCGGGCUGCGUGUCUAGGGGGUCCGCGUCUCCCUGGCUCUCCAAGGGCUAAGGCCGUGAUUCUAGAGCGGCUGGGCGUCCAGGGCCUCGGUGGGGGUGGCGUGUCUGCCCUUUUUAUCUCCCCGCAAGGCCCCCAGUCUUCUAGGGAAGCCAGUCAGUGAAGCGCGGAGGUCCGGGCGCGCCGAGUCCAAUCUUUGAGGACCGAGUAGUCCUGGGCCACCUCCCGCCUCUGCUGUCAGAAGCAGCAGCUGCAGCAGUAGAAUCCAAAAUUUCGGGAGCCGUGACCCUUUCCUCAUGUGAAACGAGUAGACUUGGACUGUGUUUACUAAGGCGCCCUUUAUCCCUCCCAUCCUGUGAGCGGACAGUUGCCUUCAACUUUUGGGAAGAGCUGCCGGUUCGGUGGAAAAGCUGUGGCUGGGAAUCAGGAGGCCUGGGUUCUAGCCGUGGCUCCCCCACGGACUCGCUGGCGAUUCCAGAAAGCUCUUAUUGAAGCUGAAUUUAAGAUUGUUUGAGAUUGCACAGUUGAAUUAGGGGCUCCAUUAGUAGGGCCUUUUUAGCUCAGACCGUUAGAGAAAUGACUUCGUGUUUGAAUAGUUAGGCUGUCGCAUACAAAGACUUUUCAAUGGAUUAUGUGUAUACUUAGGAAAGCAUUAUGCUUUCAAGAGAAUCUGAGGAUGGGGAAUAAACUCAGGAAGGAUCGCAAGUGAGGAUUAUGUUAAUAUGAUAAUUAGCACGCUUCAAGGUUACUGACUUUUUAUGAUGUUUGGUGGCUAUGAGACUAUAGAAGCAUACGAAGAUGAUCUUUAUCGAGAUGAGUCAUCUAGUGAACUGAGUGUUGAUAGUGAGGUGGAAUUUCAACUCUAUAGCCAAAUUCAUUAUGCCCAAGAUCUUGAUGAUGUCAUCAGGGAGGAAGAACAUGAAGAAAAGAACUCUGGGAAUUCGGAAUCUUCGAGUAGUAAACCAAAUCAGAAGAAGCUAAUCGUCCUUUCAGAUAGUGAGGUCAUCCAGCUGUCAGAUGGGUCAGAGGUCAUCACUUUGUCUGAUGAAGACAGUAUUUAUAGAUGUAAAGGAAAGAAUGUUAGAGUUCAAGCACAAGAAAAUGCCCAUGGUCUUUCUUCUUCUCUUCAAUCUAAUGAGCUGGUUGAUAAGAAAUGCAAGAGUGAUAUUGAGAAGCCUAAAUCUGAAGAGAGAUCAGGUGUAAUCCGAGAGGUCAUGAUUAUAGAGGUCAGUUCAAGUGAAGAGGAAGAGAGCACCAUUUCAGAAGGUGAUAAUGUGGAAAGCUGGAUGCUACUGGGAUGUGAAGUAGAUGAUAAAGAUGAUGAUAUCCUUCUCAACCUUGUGGGAUGUGAAAACUCUGUUACUGAAGGAGAAGAUGGUAUAAACUGGUUCAUCAGUGACAAAGACAUUGAGGCCCAGAUAGCUAAUAACCGAACACCUGGAAGAUGGACCCAGCGAUACUAUUCAGCCAACAAAAACAUUAUCUGUAGAAAUUGUGACAAACGUGGCCAUUUAUCAAAAAACUGCCCCUUACCACGAAAAGUUCGUCGCUGCUUCCUGUGCUCCAGGAGAGGACAUCUCCUGUAUUCCUGUCCAGCCCCCCUUUGCGAAUACUGUCCUGUGCCUAAGAUGUUGGACCACUCAUGUCUUUUCAGACAUUCCUGGGAUAAACAGUGUGACCGAUGUCAUAUGCUAGGCCACUAUACAGAUGCUUGCACAGAAAUCUGGAGGCAGUAUCACCUAACGACCAAACCUGGACCACCCAAAAAGCCGAAGACCCCUUCAAGACCAUCAGCCUUAGCAUAUUGCUAUCACUGCGCGCAAAAAGGCCAUUAUGGACACGAAUGUCCAGAAAGAGAAGUGUAUGACCCGUCUCCAGUAUCUCCAUUCAUCUGCUACUAUGAUGACAAAUAUGAAAUUCAGGAGAGAGAAAAGAGACUAAAACAAAAAAUAAAAGUACUCAAGAAAAAUGGGGUUAUCCCAGAGCCAUCCAAGCUACCUUAUAUAAAAGCAGCAAAUGAGAACCCCCACCAUGAUAUAAGGAAGGGCCGUGCCUCAUGGAAAAGCAACAGGUGGCCUCAAGAAAAUAAAGAAACACAAAAAGAAAUGAAGAACAAGAAUAGAAACUGGGAGAAGCACAGGAAGGCUGACAGACAUCGUGAAGUGGAUGAGGAUUUUCCCAGGGGCCCCAAAACCUACUCUUCUCCUGGCAGUUUUAAAACCCAGAAGCCUUCUAAGCCCUUUCACCGUUCAUCACAUUACCACACGUCAAGAGAAGACAAGUCUCCCAAGGAGGGCAAGAGGGGCAAGCAGAAGAAAAAGGAGAGGUGCUUGGAAGAUGAUGACAAUGAUAACUUAUUUCUUAUUAAGCAGAGAAAAAAAAAGUCUUAAGCCGUCAGGCAGCGUCUGAUGUGGCUUUUCAUUGUUCAUUUGGCCUUUGUGUCUAUAACCUUCUGGCAUUGUGUUUAUUAUCUAUGAUUAAAGUGAGUUUUUGGUUUUGUUUUUUUAAUUUCAGCCAUUCCUAGAGUUACUGAAUAUCCUUGGAGAUCUCAAUUCUCUGUGUCCAACAGGAUAUUAGGUAAGAAAGUAUAAAGAUAAACCUGGACUUCUCCUAUUCCAAUAUGUCAUCUUUACUCAGAAUCCUAGGGAUAGGUAGAAGAAUUCAUCUUUUCAAGAAAGUGUUUUAAAAAUACUUUGGGAAAAAAAAACUGCAUCAAAGGUAAUUUAUCCUCAACAUGAGUAUGAAAUUAAAUCCUUGCAGGAAGAGAAAUUAACACUAAGAAAAAGUCAUCAAUAUUUUUCAACUUUUUUUUUUUUACUUUGGAAAGGACAAUAACUAUAAACCUAUAUCCAGAUUUUCUUUCUGCUGAAGCUGUUGUCAGAAUCUUCCUUUGGACAAAACAUCACUAGCUGACUAUAAAAAUAAAAGUGUCAUCAUUGAAGCCCUGAAGAGGCAGGGAAUUGAGCUUCAGCAAAAUACAGGAAAAGAACUAUCCAGUAUAAUUGUCAGAAGACAGAUUUCCUAAACAAGUAAAAGAGACAUCAAAAAUUUUAACAUAAUCACAAUGAAAUCAUUUUUUACCACUUUUACAGCGGUGUUUCAAGCGGACUGUCACUCAGAUCUGCAGAGAUGAAUAUUACUCAAAAAAAUUUUUUUGUUCUCUUGCAUUUUUUUCAACUACCGCAAAGCUAUACAGAUUUUUUUGUACUUGUGGAUCUUUUGUACUUCUCAUAACCUAAUGUCAGACUAAGAAAAAUAAAAUAUCUGAAAGAGAGUAAA